AUGCCUAGGACUAGAAGUAAAUCGAUAGUACUGAAAAUAGCCAAUGAUAUUCCUAUAAUCAAUAAUGACGAUAUCAACUCGAUUCACGAAAAGAUAGAAUGUGAUGCUAGGCCAACUACGUUUCGACAAACAAGGUCCAAAUCAGUAACAAAUAUUGAUGAUGCUUAUAGCAACAGCAGUGUGCAUGCGCAUCCUAGGACUAGUCUAGCCCCGUUUGGUGAGGACGAGAAACAUACUUUCUGGAAAGAGUAUCUCGAAUCGUUCAAUUUUGAUAAUGUGCUAAAACCUCAGGACAUUAGCCAUAUCAACGCAUUCCAUUUGGACUCGGUACUCGGAUUUCAAAGUAAUCUACACAUAAACCAAAAACAUCUUGUUGAACUCAUUGGACAAACAGACUACCUCUUGGCUUGCAUCGACGAGUUGCUUGCAAAAUACAAAAAGAUCUCCAAAGAGACGCUUGAGUUUGACAAUUUAGCUAAUGAGUUAAUACAAAGACAAACUCAGUACGAAGGGAGUUACAACAAGAUUCAUCAAUAUUUGAAACAUUUUGAGUGUUUGGACUCGAUAACUCAAAACUUGUCGAGAUCAGGUACGCGUUUGUUAACCCAGCAACGGCAGUUUUUCAUAACUGAAAUACUAGGCAACUUGGACUCAUCACUAGAGUUUAUUGACUUGCACCCGAAUUUUAAAGAUUGCGAGCUAUACAAAAGCCGAUUUAGACAGUGUAUGACCCGAGCAUUGACUAUGGUUCGAAACCAUUUAAACCAACAGUUGAAAGGUUUAAGUGAUUCUAUUGACAGAAAUUUGAAAUCGUCACGUGAUUUGACUAUUGAAUUGUUGAUUUACAAUGAGUUUAGCAAUUAUUUAAAGUAUAACCAGUCUCAGUUUAAUGAGUUGGUUCAAGAGCUAUUAAAGAGGAGUCUAAUACAUAAAGAAUAUGGCGGUUUGAUGAAUGAUGUGCUAUCAAAUUAUUUUCGUAUUAGAUUGAGGUUAUUAAAAUCCUAUAUGGAUAAAACAUCAACCAUCAAUGAGCUAUAUAAAAAAUCAGAUAAAAAGAUUUACCUUGUACAAAUUUGUCAAGAUCAGAUCUCAUACUUUAAGAAAAUUAUUGAAAAGGAGUACGCGUUGUUUGUUAGAUUUUUCAUCAUACCUACAAUUACCAGCCAAGAAGCUUAUUCGCUGAUAUGGACUGAGUUUUACAAUUUUUUGAAAAAUGCUAUUGACCCAUUAUACGAUGGAAUAAGGUUAGUAGUACUCAAGGAGUCCAAUAUAAGUUUUCUUUGUGAAUUGACCACUUUGCUUCAAAAAUACUACGAGUUUGAAGAUGCCGAUAACUUAAGCUCAAUAGAUACUCAAAGUUAUCUCAAUAGUGAAGCAAUCAAGUAUGGUCUUCUCUUUCAGCCUUUACUCGACGAUGCACAAAAUAGGUUAAUCUUUAGGAUUCAAAACUAUGUUGACAAUAAACUCAUGCGCUAUAAGCCUAGUAAAAUUGAUUUGGAAAUUGCAAACAAUGGUGGCGGGGAGCAACAAUUAUAUACAAAAGAAGAUACUAGUGCAUUGGAUACUGAUUAUGAAGAGAAUUUAUUCCCCAAUGUUUAUCUACCAUUGGCUAAAGCGUUGACUAUUUUAUCCAAUAUUUACGAGCUAAUCAAUUCAAUGGUUUUUGACGAUAUAGCACAUUACAUUGUCCAUUGUUGUAUUGAUUUCCUCAAGAACCAGUAUUUGAGAUUGGCGAUUACUCAAACAAGUCAAUUGGAAGGACAAUUGCUAUAUUUGAAGAACCUCAUACUUGUCAAGAACCAAAUCAAAAACUUUGAUAUACAAUCUAUUAGAAACGAUUUUUCAAUUGAUUUUACUAGUGGGCUUUCCGAUAUUUGGCACAGCUUGAAGCAAAGACAGUUUCAUCAUACAGGAGUAAGUGGAAUGUUUCUUGAGCUUGCUAAAAAGAGUGUGCCCAAAGUAAUCAAUAAUAUGAUUGACGCGAAUCAAGAAAUAGAAAUGGAAUUAAACAACUGUGUUUCCGAAUUACUUACAUAUUGCUCAAACGAAAUAUGCCAUCCAAUACUUGAUCAAAAGACAGGUGGAUUUGAACAAUUUAUGGAGAAUGUGAAAAUAAAGAUUCCAAUAUUUUAUCAAAAGAUUAGUUUCAUUUUGAAUGAUGUAAUUGUGACUCGGUUUUUAAUAGAUAAUCUUCAGAAUUUGGUUCUUGUGACAUAUGAGCAUUUUUAUAAUAACGAGACAGAAAAGGGAAACAAGAUAGCAGAAAAGGAAAGGGAAAAAGAAAAGACAGAAAAGAAAAGGGAAAAGUUGGAGGAUUUAAUGGAGGUGGAUGCAUUGUAUGGGUUUAUUAAUCAUAUAAUUCAGCACUUGUAUGAGGAAUCGCCAACUCAAAAACAAACAUACCUCUCUGGUCAAGAUAACGAGAGAGAAAGAGAUAAUAAUUAA